AUGGUGUUCAAUACUCGUGCCCCAAUCGUCGUUGGUGUGCACGUCGAAGCUGGUGUGGUUCGUGAAGGUACUCCUCUAUGUGUGCCCAGUAGAGAGAACAUCAAUCUGGGACGAAUUUUCUCAAUUGAAUUCAAUCACAAACCGGUUCAAGAGGCUCGCACCGGACAAGAAGUAUGCGUUCGAAUUGAUCCAUUAGAUGGUGAAACCCCGAAACUAUACGGCCGACACUUCGAUCACACCGAUUUGAUGGUAUCAAAGAUCAGUCGCGAAAGUAUCGAUAUUAUGAAAGAACACUUCCGCUCCGAUUUGACAAAGGAAGAUUGGAAAUUAAUGCAAGAAUUGAAAAAACUGUUCGACAUAAUUUAG